UUGUCCGCUGUCAGCCGAGGCAUGUGCGCUUAUCAUCACGUUAUGCCUAUGAAUGAGCUGGAGAGCUGAUAUAGCUAAGAUCUUUGACCGUGCAGAUGAUAAAGCAAUCACUCUUCGUUCAUGCACAUUCUUCCACGCUGCAUUAUAUCUCCAAGUUAUCUUGUCCUCUAGAAGGGCAUCCGAUGGACCCAGCCCCGGCACGUCGUCAAUCAAGCCAAUCAUAUUUAGGCCGCUUACACAUAGGGCGAGUGCUGGUCCUCAAUGCCCGGGCGCACAACCCCACUUGGUGCUCUGAAUUUUCACAUCAGUAGCCGGCAGCAGCAGACGGUGCUCGCGAUUCCCACACUUUCUGGGAGUUUACUGCGUCGGCUCUUUAACGGCUACUUGGGGGCGAUUACAGUGCGAUCAAGAUUAAUGGGCCGGUGUUCUCUGAACGCGAGCAAGCUUGUCGACGAGGGUCACUUGUCCCUCGUCGUCGCUUUGUGCAUCAAGAGGCUCGGCUCUGGCAGACACGAAACUAUCAGAAUACCAUCACCGAGGUUUCCACCUGAUGUGCCAUCCCGCAAAUCCUUAAAGGCCGCGUUCUCGGAGAGAUACUCCAGUUAUUCCAGGAUGUUCUUGUUGAGACAAUGGCAUGGCAUUAGGAACGCCUUUGUCCCCUUCGUGAGAAUAGAGUCCUGUGAUUCAGUAAGAAAGGUGGGGAGUAACGACCAUGCAGUUAGGAUGGGUACCCCACAUUGGCGGACGGGUGUUGCCGCUGCUUUCAUCCAUGUGAUAAUAGUGGGCCUGCCCAAGAGGUUCGCCCCAUCUCUAUCCCCGGCGGCCGGGGGACUCUCGCUGUAGCCCAUCUUGCAUGAGGACUGUGAGUUCAGCGUUGCCAAGGACCGGCCAUAUGGACAGCGCCAAUGCAAUAGCAAUCGUUCCGAACGAAGCCCCAACAAACACAUUGCGACUGGGAGCAUAUUUUGCCUUAGCUCGUCUCUGCCUCGCUCCGAUACCCCAUCGUUAUGUCCACUAUCAGAAUCGCCAGUCUCCUCUCUCCCGAUCACAGCCCAGUUCCAGAACUCGUUCUGGAGGC